UAUUCAUAGGCGGAGCAUGUGUAAGGCUGGGGAAGGCUUAAAAAAAUGCCCCUGCACAAACAAAUAUAAUCUAUUACGUCUGUUGCUAGCAAAGGGAAUGUGAAUAGACAUUAGACAGUGUCGAAUGCGGCAUUAAAUUAAGAUCUUUUCAUGUUGCGCCAUAUUUUAUUUUAGGCGUUUUACAGUGUUGCACAUUUUAACCAAUCACACACAAUUCUGUUGAGUUUGGGAAUGCAAUGGCAAAGCAGAAACGUUCAGAUGAGUCCCCGCUGAAACUCAUCAGUUUUGUUGCGCACGUGUGCGUUCACUGACUGAAUUCCGGACUAUUGCGAUUUCCCUCAUCAUAAACAACAAAGAGCAGAUGUAUGUACAAAGUAAGAGAUUAAUUUCACCCUUUAUACAGCUUUAGUGAUUAUAACGAUAGUUUAGUUUAUUUGAGAAAAUCUGCUGAAACAAUAACUAUAAGAAUAAUUUAAAUCUUGAAUCUUGAGAGGGCUUAAACUCACAAUAGAUCAAUGUUAGUGAUAAUGUUAUUCUCUAAAUAUAAUUUAUUCGCUGUUUGAAUAAUCGUGGAAAGGAAAAAUUAUAUAAUUACAUUUCUGGCGUUACUAUUAAAUUGCAAUCUCGUUAAAUACGAAUUAUGUCCCAUUAAAAAAAGUAUUUACCCUACAUGACACCCAUGUCUGGUUCUUGCCAAAAAAGACGUGUUUAUGAUGUUUAAUACUGAGAACUACUGCUCCAGAAGAAUUUAAUUAAGCUCAAGCUUUUUUUUUCAUGUGGUAGGAAAAAAAGUUUGCACACUAUAUCCUAAGCCACUUUGAAACUCUCCUGUUAUUAUUUUUUAUUUUUAUAUAGGCUACGUUAUGAACAUAACAUUUCAAACAUACUAAAAUACUUUAGCCACGGAGCGAAGGCGGAGCGGUGUUUCUGGUAUCACUGAGCGCGGAGUGGAGCGGGAGCAGGAAAUUGUGAACCCGGAGCGGAGUGAUUAUUAAAUGCUCUGAGCGCGAAGGGGAAAUUGUUGCCACUCCACUCACAUACUUGGCCAGGGAGGGACCAGCAAUCAGUCUGUAGUGACACAGAAAUCUUCAUUAUUUCAAUAUAAAAAUGUUUGAUUAUAAUGUAGGCUACUAGACUGUUUUAGUGCCUAAAACACAACUAAAUACAAUGAAUUUCUACUUAACUGUAAUUGACAUAUUUGUAAAUUAGAUCAAGUAAUACUUUGUGAAUGACAAUUUUUGUAUUAUUCCUCACCUCCAGGUAUUUUAAUAAAGGGGCUCACUAUAGCAUUAUUGUUUAUUCAGCUUCUAGAAACUCCAAAAUGCUUGCUCUCCAACAUUGCAUACUCCUGGAUGAGGCAUGCAUAGUGAUAAAAAUUUGAAAAAGGCCAAAAUAAAUCGUCAUGAAUGCCAGAAUAUAAAAGGAGUUAUUUUAUUUUAACAAUAUCUCAUCAGACCGCAGUUCACAGUUGUUCUACUGAAGCUCAUUUGGCUGCUUUAUCUUUUCCACGCUCGUUUGACUCGCGCAUGAUGCUGAGGUGAAGUGCGCAUCUGAAAAGUAUCUCGUUUGAUGUGGUCAUAGACUAAAGAGAUACGGCGGUUCUGCGUCUAAAUACCGUAUUUUCCGGACUAUAAGUCUGACUUUUUUUCAUAGUUUGGCUGGUCCUGCGACUUAUAGUCAGGUGCGACUUAUCAAAAUUAAUUUGACAUGAACCUAGUGCCCUCUCGUGGCUGGAGACGGUAAUGUUUCCUCUCGGUUCUUGGUUCUAAAUAAAUGCGACUUAUAGUCCAGUGUGACCUCAUGACAUUUUUGGACUGAUGCGACUUAUAUUCCGAAAAAUACGGUAAAUGCAUUUCUUGUCAAGAAAAAAAAUGGACAAAAACUGCAGUUUUGAGUGGGGGGGGACCAAAAGAGUGGCCACGCUUUCGUUAGUGGUGGCCACCCUGUUAAUACAUUUGCCUGCUUUUAGCCUUACCCUAUGGUUGGUUCACCCUCCGCCUAUGAUUUUGGUAAAUGGUAAAUGGAUUGCAUUUAUAUAGCGCUUUCAACAGACCACAUGGCCAUCCAAAGCGCUUUACAAGUUGCCUCACAUUCACCCAUUCACUCACUCAUUCAAACACCGACGGCGGUGUCAGCCAUGCAAGGCGCCAUCCAGCUCGUCGGGAGCAGCUGGGGUUAGGUGUCUUGCUCAAGGACACCUCGACACUUGGUCAGGUGGAGCCGGGGAUCGAACCACCAACCUUUCGACCUGUUCCUGAUCUGCCGAAAAAGACUUUCUUCUCGUUUAUUAAUGAUGAAUUAAUUGAAAGGAGGAGAAAAGGUCUUCAGAGCUUCUUGGAUAAAGUGCUGCACAUGACGGUAUGCCUGUCAGAUAGCCAGCUCCAUCUUUUCCUGCAGACUCAGCUUCCUGUCAAGCACAUUGAGGAUUGUGUGCAGGGUCACACCCCUUACACUGUUACUGAAGCCAUUCUGACUUAUGCUUCCUCUAACCGUGGCUGGGUGCAGGAGGAAGGGGAUGUGGACGAGACCCAAAAAUUAUGGCCCACCACUCUUCCAUAUGAAUCUGUAGAGAGCCCUGCUCCUCACCUUCCUUCAUUACAAAGUCCAGGAGCCACUUCCAGUGGGCCUCUAAAUGAACUUACAGAUGUUUCAGACUUUGAGUGGAGACUGAGUGAUGCAGAACAGUCUUCACUUGACCUGAAGCACGGAAUCGGCCAUGAGCAGCUGCCUCAAGAGGGAGAGAGUUACAUUAAACUAGUAGUUGAAGUCCACCCAAACCUUGUUGUUUCUGUAGAAACUGAGGAAGAGGACGGAAACAUUUACUCAAAAGAAACGCAAAGGCUUGAUGAAGAUGCCAAGGAUCUACAAAGUUAUGAUUGUGAAUAUCUAGCUCCACAAAUUGCCGGACUCAUUGAAGAUGAGCUUCAGCAAGGAGAUGCCCACAAUGAAGAAGAUCUUGAUCAAGAAACGUCUGUUGCCGAAGACGCAGUUGAAGUCACCUCAGUAGACGAAGUCAUCGAGAAAAAGAUUGAUGAUAUCAAUGAAGCGAAGAAGGGAAGUCAAGAUGUUGGACUUGAACUGGAUAGCACUGUGAGACGAACCCCUGACAAGGUCCUUCAUGAAGAAGAUUCAGGAGAAAGGAUCCAUAAAAAUGAAGUUACUAUUGAUCUCAGUGCUGAUGUUGAGAAGGUACUUGAAACCGCAGAAGAUGUUGCGCUCCAUUAUGCUUGCGAGGAGAGCACAUCAAAUACUGAUGAUCAAGAUAAAGCUGAGAUAACAGAGGAGCAUGUGGUCCAAGAGAAUGGAGUCAGUGACGACAAUGCUGUUGCUCAGGAAGUGGCCAUAAAUGAGAAUGAGGUGCAUGUUGGCGAAGUGAACAAGCUCAAUGCAAAAUGUCUUCAACCUGGCAGUGCCCUUUUGAUACUUGAGGGAUCUAAGGAAGCGGUGAGCAUGCAAACGCCCCCCGUGACUGUCAGUAACCUCAAUGCCAAUACUGCUGAUGUCAACACACUUGUUUUACAAGCCAUAGAGAUGGAUUCAAAGCAAUGUCACGAGAUGGACAUUCCUCCUAUCAUCACUACACACCAAACAGAGACUAAUUCCCAUGGGAAUUAGUACAGUCAUAGAUUGGACAGGGUUACAUAGAUGGACUCCCUUCAGCUCAUUCCCAGUCAACAUCCAAGAUGUCUUUCUACUGUGUGAAUGAGUGCAUGUAACUGUUCUCAGCAUUGAUCCACUGUUAACUUUUUCAGUUACAGACUAGAUACACUGAGUGAUUAGACCGAGCUGUAGUUUUUCCCCUACAAACAAUGUGAACAAACACAAGAUAAUGCACUGACUAAUGUGCCAUUCAGGAUUGUGAGCAAAUUGCACAUGCAUCGAACCGUUAUAAAUCCAUUGUAGCAGGCGAGAAAAAGCAGUGUACAUCACUGUGGCACCUUGAUUCUAAUAUUCACCAUCCUUAAUCAAAAUAUUUCUGUAUUUGUAUGAUUUUAGCAACAGGAAUUACCCCAUGACAUGUUGCCGAUCUGUUUUAGCAAAACCAGAUUUUAUCUGGCACUUCCUUUUUCUCCCGACUGUAGAACCAUGUUGCUCUCACAUGUUUGCUCUACUGGAACUUUGGGUAAUUUAAAGGGUUAGUUCACCCAGAAACGAAAAUUAGGCUGCAUUUUACUCAUCCCCGAGGCAUCCUAGGUGUAUAUGGAUUUUUUUUUCUGUUGAAUCCAGUUGGAGUUAUAUAAAAAAAUUGUCUUUGAUCUUUCAAGCUCUAUUGUUGCAGUCAGCUGGUAUUACAUGCGUCAGUCCAAAAGAAGUGAAAUAAAAAGUGCCCUUCCUUUAAAAUAAGUGUCUCACACCGCUCCGGGGGUGAACAAGGGCCCCCUGUAGUGAAUCGAUGUGUUUUUGUGAGAAAAAUAUCCAUAUUCAAAACAUAAACAUCACUUUAAUGUAGCCUGCGCCAACAGUUGUACACAGAGGCAGUUCCAAUGGCAUGAUGUAUGAGGUCAGUGUUGCGCAUACACCGGUGAGUCUCGUGAAAACCAACGUUUGUUUACUGGAUCAAAAGAAGCAAAGUUUUCUUACUAUAGUAAAGGAAGCCCAGUCUCCUCUUGGCUUAUAUCGAAAUCCUCCCACAUUCUUCUUUAGUAAUCCUUGUUUAGUACUUCUAAUUAGUAACCGUUGUUUUGUUUUUGAUCUUUCCGCUGUUUCCGCAUGCAUCACUUCUGAGCGGCGCAUGCGCAAAGGUGACCUCAUACGUCAUCUGUGCUGAAUAACUUCCAUUUACAUCAGUGAGUGCAAGCUAGAUUGGAUAUGGAUAUUUUGCUUACAAAAACGCAUCGAUUCGCAACAGGAGGCCUUUGUUAAACCCCCCGGAGCUGUCGAGACACUUUUUAAAUCGAAGAGUGCUUAUUAUUUAACGUCUAUUUGACUGAAGCAAUGCAACACCUGCUGACUGCAAUUAUAGAGCUUGAUAGAUCAAAGAUAGAUCAAAGUUUUUAAUAUAACUCCGACUGGAUUCGUUUGAAAGAAGAAAGUCAUAUACACCUAGGAUGCCUCGGGGGUGAGUAAAACGCAGCCUAAUUUUCAUUUUUUUAAGGGUAACUAACCCUUUAAGGGAUGGUUCAUCCUAAAUUGAAAAUUCUGUCAUCUUAUACUCACCAUUGUGUUCUUCCAAACCUGAAUGACUUUCUUCUGUGGACCACAGGAUGAUAUAUGGAAAAAUGUGGUAGUGUUUUUCUAUCCAGUGUUGUUUUCACUGUGCAAUUGAAACAUUCUUCUAAGUAUCUUCCUUUUGUGUUUUAAUAAAUUUAUAAAAAAAUUACAAGGAUGAGUAAGUGAUGACAGAAUUUUCAUUUAGGGGGUGAACAAUCCUUUCAAUAUAAUAAUAUAUAAUGUUUAGUGUUAGUGUGGCUGUAACGAAUAUUCAACGAAUAAUGAAUAUUAAUAUUUCAGGGUCUUUGGUAUCUAAUUUCUUUGUUGCUUCAUUUAUGGUCAGAACACUAAUUUCCAUACAGAAAUUUUAUAAGCUAUGGAAAAUAACAUAAAUGCACAGGAAAUGACAGCGCACAUUGUUUGGAAUGAUAAUAUAUUUUAUUUUCCCCAUCCUUGUAAUACUAAUAUGGAAACAGAAACAUACUCAAAAGGGAAUUUCUUUUUGAUUGACAGAAAAGGGUACUACUUUAUUUUCUUAGAUAAGUUGAUCUUUUAUUACGCACAGAUACAAAUAUGAAUGCAUAGUAGCAUUGCAAAUUCAAAGCAUCCUACAUUAUUUUUUAAUUUGUUUUAAAAGGAUUUAAGUUAACGUUACAUUUUUACCAGUAAGUUGUGAAGGGUAUACGAAUGUCUCAUUCGGCUCCAGUCGUAAUGUGACGUUUUCAUUUUCAUUUAUAUGCGCCACAUCUGUCGGUAGACUUCAUUGUAGGUACAUGAGUGCCAGAGCACGUGUUUAUUACUGUAUGCAUGUUUGGAUUCACCAAUGUGCUUACUAACAGCAAACCAAUAAAGAACAAGAGGUUGAAAUCAAA